AAAAUAUUCACCCACAAAACAAGUAAGCUUAGAAAAGCUUUCUCAUAACCCUGACAAAAUGGAACUUUCUUUAAACCAUCCAGCACCUAAUAAAACCAAUAUAAAGAGCAACAACUCUGCAUUUUUCUACUUUGAGUCCUGUCGACCCCCUUCUCUAGCCUGGCUCCUAUUACUCAUAGCCUACACUGUGGUCUUAAUUGUGGGCCUUUCUGGAAACCUCUCUCUCAUCAUUAUCAUCUUUAAGAAGCAGAGAGAAGCUCAGAAUGUCACCAACAUACUGAUUGCCAAUCUCUCUCUCUCUGACAUCUUGGUAUGUGUCAUGUGCAUCCCUUUUACUGUCAUCUAUACUCUGAUGGACCACUGGAUAUUUGGAGAUACCAUGUGCAAACUCACUUCCUAUGUACAGAGUGUCUCCAUUUCUGUAUCCAUAUUCUCACUUGUGUUAAUUGCUGUUGAAAGAUAUCAGCUGAUUGUGAACCCCCGUGGCUGGAAGCCCAAUGUAUCUCAUGCCUACUGGGGUAUCACCUUGAUUUGGCUGUUUUCCCUUCUGUUGUCUAUUCCCUUCUUCCUGUCCUACCACCUCACUGAUGAGCCUUUCCACAACCUCUCUCUAUCCACUGACUUCAAUACUCACCAGGUGGCCUGUGUAGAGAACUGGCCCUCCAAAAAGAACCAGCUCCUCUUCACUACCUCCCUAUUUAUGCUCCAGUAUUGUGUCCCUCUGAGCUUCAUCCUCAUCUGCUACCUGAAGAUUAUUAUCUGCCUCCGUAGGAGAACUGGAAAGGUAGACAGAAAGAGAGAAAAUGAGAGCCGGCUCAAUGAGAACAAGAGGAUCAACACAAUGUUGAUCUCCAUUGUGGUGACGUUUGGGGCCUGCUGGUUGCCCUUGAAUAUCUUCAAUGUCAUCUUUGACUGGAAUCAUAACGUGUUGAAGACCUGCCACCAUGACCUGGUAUUUGUGGUUUGCCACUUGGUUGCUAUGGUUUCUACAUGCAUAAACCCUCUCUUUUAUGGUUUUCUCAACAAAAAUUUUCAAAAGGACCUGGUGGUGCUUAUUCACCACUGCUGGUGCUUUACACCUCGGGAAAGAUAUGAAAAUAUUGCCAUCUCCACUCUGCACACAGAUGAAUCUAAGGGAUCAUUAAGAUUGGCUCCUACAUCAACAGGUAUAUAA